AUGGCAUCGGCAGAUAAACAGACAUUUGAGAAGGGAGCCAUCGUCAGCGCAGACUCGGCCUCACUGAUCGCCCUGGCAGCCGAGGUCGCCAAGCACGACGAAAAGUUCCAGCGCGUCAAGGGUGUGAAAGGAAGCAUCAAAGUGCCCCGAUCCGUCAAGAAACCAACAGUAUGGCAGAGACAGAAUACGGGUCUCUCAGGACGCAGCAAACGCCACGACACUUCGACAGCCUUCCCGGACCAGCUCGAUGAGGCACAAUCGGCACGGAAGGCAGCAUUGGAACGAAAGGCGAAGAUGUACGAGAUGCUGAAGCGUGAUGGUGGGGAGGGUAUUCCGGAUAAUUUGCGGGAGGAGCUGUUGGUCGAGUUUGACGAUCCCCGGAGAGGACGAUCCUUGGGUGGAACAUGUGGACGAGUUUGGGCGAUCGAGACUAGUACGACAAUCCGAGAUCCCACCACCUCAACCUUCCAGGAAUUAUCACGACUCUCCAGGAACCAGGAUGCAAUCGAUAAAGAAGAGUGGAUCAAGGACGCUACAGGAGAAAUGACUCGAGGUGCUGCGCGAAGAAGACCAGGGUACUCACAGGCCAACAAAGUGCGACAUUACGACAACACGGCUGAACGGCGGGCGCGCGGUGUGGGCUUUUAUGCUUUUUCACAAGAUGAGGAAGAGCGCGCGAGGCAAAUGCGUGAACUGCUUGAGAUGCGUAAUCAGACGGAGACGUCGAGGUCCAAGCACAGGACACUAAAGGACAAACGGCGGGAAGAGAUCGAGGCACGCAAGGUCCUGAUCCAACAGAAGCGGCUAAAGUCUCUCGCGAGCACCGUCGCCUCCUAG